UCGCGCCCACUAGAUGGCUCCACUCACUGGCAGCGAGAGAGAAGAAAAAUCAAUAGAAAUUUUCAUUUUAGUGGAACUGCUCUGCAUUCGGCAAAAGUUAAUAACAAAUCGCGGCGAUCAGCGAGGCGAAGCGCCCAGGCAGGUGGAGUUACAUAAAGUACGUUACCGCCAAGCGACCCACACAUUCCGAAGCCAACACCCCGCAUCGCCUUGGGCCAACAAGAAAAAAAAAAGAGAGGCCAAGAGACGCUCCGUGAAACUCCGAUCUCCUCCUCCUCCACCGCCUAAGAAAUUCCACAGCGAGCUCCAACGAUUUUCCCCACGGGCUGCAGCUGCUGUAAAAUAAUCUGAAGGCAAAAAAGGCUAAAAGAGCGACUCUGUCAGAGGUCCGGAAACACCAAGAGAGACACAGCGAACAAACACUAUAUAUCUCCGAUCCACAGUCGAGUUCGAGCGAUAAGAGCGCCUCGAGACUCGACCGCCUCCCAUCGAAUAUUUUCUUGCGCCCCCAGUUUGCAUAAAACCAGCGAAAAUUAACAAGCUAACUACAAUGGCGCCGGUGCGGGGGGAUGGCAUGAGAGGCCUGGCCGUCUUUAUAUCGGAUAUAAGGAACUGUAAAAGUAAAGAGGCAGAGGUGAAGCGCAUAAACAAGGAGCUCGCCAACAUACGGAGUAAAUUCAAAGGAGACAAAACCCUCGAUGGAUAUCAGAAGAAGAAAUAUGUCUGUAAGCUACUAUUCAUAUUUCUACUGGGUCACGACAUCGACUUUGGCCAUAUGGAGGCGGUCAACUUGCUGUCCUCCAACAAAUACUCAGAGAAGCAGAUUGGCUAUCUGUUCAUUUCGGUGUUGGUGAACACGAAUAGCGACCUGAUCCGACUGAUCAUCCAGUCGAUCAAGAAUGAUCUGCAGUCGCGAAAUCCGGUGCAUGUCAAUCUGGCGCUGCAGUGCAUCGCCAACAUUGGCAGUCGGGACAUGGCUGAGUCGUUCUCGAACGAAAUCCCCAAGCUGCUCGUCUCGGGCGACACUAUGGAUGUGGUGAAGCAAUCGGCGGCGCUGUGUCUGUUGCGUCUCUUCCGCUCCUCGCCGGAUAUUAUACCCGGCGGUGAGUGGACUUCGCGCAUCAUUCACUUGUUGAAUGACCAGCAUAUGGGCGUGGUCACAGCGGCCACCUCGCUGAUCGACGCCUUGGUGAAGCGCAAUCCGGACGAGUACAAGGGGUGCGUUAAUCUGGCCGUCUCACGCCUAUCCCGGAUAGUUACGGCCAGCUAUACUGAUUUGCAGGACUAUACUUAUUACUUUGUUCCGGCACCGUGGCUGUCUGUGAAGCUUCUUAGGUUGUUGCAGAACUACAAUCCCGUGACCGAGGAGGCGGGUGUUCGGGCUCGUUUGAACGAGACCUUGGAAACGAUCCUUAACAAGGCCCAGGAGCCGCCAAAGAGCAAGAAGGUGCAGCAUUCGAACGCCAAGAACGCCGUGCUCUUCGAAGCCAUCAACUUGAUCAUUCACAGUGACAGUGAGCCGAAUCUAUUAGUGCGCGCCUGUAACCAGCUGGGUCAGUUCCUCAGCAAUCGGGAGACUAACUUGCGCUAUCUGGCUCUUGAAUCCAUGUGCCACCUGGCUACCUCGGAAUUCUCGCACGAGGAGGUGAAGAAGCACCAAGAAGUGGUCAUUCUCUCGAUGAAGAUGGAGAAGGAUGUGUCGGUACGUCAAAUGGCGGUGGAUCUAUUGUACGCCAUGUGCGAUCGCGGAAACGCCGAGGAAAUUGUUCAAGAGAUGCUUAACUAUCUUGAGACGGCCGACUAUUCCAUUCGCGAGGAGAUGGUGCUCAAGGUGGCCAUUCUAGCUGAGAAAUACGCCACGGAUUACACAUGGUAUGUGGAUGUAAUCCUUAACUUGAUCCGUAUCGCCGGCGACUAUGUUUCGGAGGAGGUGUGGUAUCGUGUUAUCCAGAUAGUUAUCAACCGAGAGGAGGUGCAGGGCUAUGCUGCCAAGACAGUCUUUGAAGCCCUUCAAGCGCCAGCUUGCCACGAGAACAUGGUUAAAGUUGGUGGCUAUAUUCUCGGAGAGUUUGGAAACCUGAUCGCCGGGGACUCCCGUUCAGCGCCGUUGGUGCAAUUCAAGUUGCUUCACUCGAAAUACCAUCUGUGCUCGCCGAUGACCCGGGCCCUGCUGCUCUCCACAUAUAUCAAGUUCAUUAAUCUGUUUCCGGAGAUUCGUACUAACAUCCAGGAGGUGUUUCGCCAGCACAGCAAUCUCCGGUCCGCCGAUGCGGAACUUCAACAGCGUGCCAGCGAGUAUCUGCAGCUUAGCAUUGUGGCAUCGACGGAUGUGCUGGCCACCGUGCUGGAGGAGAUGCCAUCGUUCCCGGAGCGUGAGAGUUCCAUUUUAGCGGUGCUGAAGAAGAAGAAGCCUGGACGGGUGCCAGAGAACGAGAUUCGGGAAUCGAAGAGCCCAGCUCCGCCAUCUGUGGCACAGAAUCAGAACAAUGCCCACGUGAACAACUCGCACAGCAAACUGAAUAACAGCAAUGCGAACACUGAUCUCCUUGGGCUGAGCACACCACCAUCGAAUAAUAUCGGUAGCAAUAGCAACAGCACCCUCAUCGACGUCCUGGGCGACAUCUAUGGCAAUAGCAACAAUAACUCCAAUGCUGUCUACAACACCAAAAAGUUUCUGUUCAAGAACAAUGGGGUUCUGUUCGAGAACGAGAUGCUGCAGAUCGGUGUGAAGAGCGAAUUCAGACAGAAUUUGGGACGUUUGGGUCUAUUCUAUGGCAACAAGACACAGGUUCCCCUAACGAACUUCAAUCCCGUACUGCAGUGGUCCGCUGAAGAUGCGCUCAAGCUAAACGUUCAGAUGAAGGCGGUCGAACCAACCCUGGAGGCCGGCGCCCAGAUCCAGCAGUUGCUCACAGCCGAGUGCAUCGAAGAUUAUGCCGAUGCGCCCACCAUUGAGAUCAGUUUCCGCUACAACGGCACCCAGCAAAAGUUUAGCAUCAAAUUGCCGUUGAGCGUUAAUAAGUUCUUUGAACCAACCGAGAUGAAUGCAGAAUCCUUCUUUGCCCGAUGGAAGAAUCUCAGCGGGGAGCAACAACGGGCACAGAAAGUGUUCAAGGCUGGCCAGCCGCUGGAUUUGCCUGGUGCCCGCAACAAACUGAUGGGCUUCGGUAUGCAGUUGCUGGAUUCGGUCGAUCCCAACCCAGACAACAUGGUAUGUGCGGGCAUUAUACACACGCAAUCCCAGCAGGUGGGCUGUUUGCUGCGAUUGGAACCGAAUAAGCAAGCUCAGAUGUUCCGGCUGACGAUUCGGGCCAGCAAAGAGACGGUGACCCGGGAGAUAUGCGACCUGUUGUCGGAUCAGUUCUAAGCCACAAUCAUGGACGGCGGGGAAGGGAGGGGUCGAGUUGGGGCUACACUAAGCCACUAAGCCACGGCGGCAACCACUUUAUAAUGCACAAUCCCAAUCAGCUAGAUAAAUAUCAGAGCCGCUCCCAUCUCUAUAUACACGUACCUUCUCACAUCUUCUUCAGCAGCAAGAAGAGCUUUACCAACUGUCUGUCUAUCUGUCUCCCGAUUCCAGAUAUCUGAUUCCUGUCUUAUUCUAAUAUUUGAUUUUAAUACAUCCUUUUUGUAAUCCCCCCAGUUGUACUCCCCUCCAUUUUCCACGUUCCACCCAACACCCGAAUCCGUAUCAGAAUUCUUUGUAAAUGUUAAGCUCAAAAAGUUCAUAGUAGUGAAGCGAGAGAACAUAAUUAGAUUAUGUUUAAAUGUGUAUGACAAAUUAUAUAUAUUGUUGCAUCAUUUCGAGGCAGUAGCAAUUGGAUAUUAUAUACCUAUAACACAGAAGAUAUACAUUCAUACAAACCACAUACAUAUACCUAGUAUAUACGUCGUUGUAAUAAAAACAGAAAAACAAUACAAAAACUAAAAAAAGGAUAAACGCUUGCAAGCAAAAAAUUAUUAAAGUGCAUGCAAAUGACAAAACAAAAAACAAAAUAUGCAAAUCGUUAUCUAAAUAUUUAUACAUAUAUUGAUUAUUGCAAUUGCAUCAAAACGAAAUUCAUGUUUAGUGUUUUUGAAUCCUGAUGCCGCCGGAGCCGCCGGAGCAGAAAUCUCAUUACAAAAAAUAGACAAAUAACUAGAGAGAUGGAUCAUGAAAAUUAACUCUUUUUUCCAUUAAUCAUUGUUGAGAAAAAUUAUGGUAAACAAAUUUAAAAAAUUGAAUUUUUAAUAGACAAAGAAAAGGGCAAAAAAAACAAAGCAUUCAAUAUAAUUAUUAUACGUAUAGCAGAAUUUCUUAAUUGAUCCUGCGUAUUAUUUCGUUUCGUAUGUGUACCAUAGAUAAAGCUGAGGAUAACUAAAAUGUUGUGCCGCUUCCUUGGAAGGGGGAGGGGGAUCGAUCUUAUAUAGCACCAAGUAUUAAAGCCAUAAAUCUGCAGAGGGGCAAAUAAAAAAUAAAAAAAUAAAACACCUCGAUUCCGAGGCGGCAUGCCGAUUAAGAACAAAGAAUUGUAAACUAAAAUAUACAUUAUAUAGAUACUGAUACCGAAUACCGAUACCGAAUACUGGAAAUUGUCGUCGUAUACUUAUUAUCACUCAAAACUCUCAAUAUCUUUCGUAUCCAUGUCGUCGUCAGUUGGAAGUGCAAUAGUUAAUUGUUACAAAAAAUUCCACGAAAAUUCCAUUAAGCCACCACAACAAAUACACUGAGAAAAAAACGAGAUCGAACAUCAGAACAGAGACAACCACAACUACAUAUAGCAAAUGCAGGAAUUUAACUGUAAACGUAAAUAAAUAUGUAUUUAAAUAAAUAAAUAAAUAUAAAUUGAAAUCAA